CACAGUUGGGAGCUCGCCACGACAUACUAGAACAGAGUUACAGAGACCACUCGCUCACACACACACAGAGAGACACUCACGUACACAACUGCUUCAGGACUUGCUGACAACAACCCGAGGGAUAAUUAUCAAUGUUUCAUGCUCGAAAAUGUUGAUAUUGCACAUCGCAUCACUUUUGACCCUCGGGUGGCGCACCUUUGCCCAGAUGCCGGAGUUUGGGGAUGUGUGCACUGAGGGGAGCUGCUACCCCGCCACCGGGGACCUUCUGAUCGGCCGCGCGCACAAGCUCACCGCCUCCUCCACCUGCGGCAUUGAGAAGCCUGAGCGCUUUUGCAUCGUUGGUCACUUGGAGGAGGAGAAGAAGUGUUUUGUGUGUGACUCCAGGGAGAAGUAUGAUGAGAGGAUGAACCACACCACCAGCCACAGCAUCGAAAACUUGGUCACCACCUUCGCCCCCAACCGCCUCAAGACCUGGUGGCAGUCUGAGAAUGGUGUGGAGAAUGUGACCAUUCAACUGAACCUGGAAGCUGAGUUCCACUUCACACAUCUCAUCAUGACCUUUAAGACGUUCCGUCCGGCUACCAUGGUGAUCGAGCGUUCCAUGGAUUUUGGGAAGAAGUGGCAGGUGUACCGUUACUAUAGCUAUAACUGUGAGUCCGCCUUCCCUGGGAUAUCCGUGGGACCCAUGGUCAAAGUGGACGACAUCAUCUGUGACUCUCGCUACUCUGACAUAGAGCCGUCUGCAGAGGGAGAGGUGAUAUUCAGGGUGCUGGACCCAGCGUUUGAGAUUGAAGACCCUUACAGUCCCAGGAUACAGAACAUGCUGAAGAUCACUAACCUGCGUGUCCAGUUCACUAAGCUCCACACACUGGGUGACAACCUGCUGGACUCCAGAGACGAGGUCACGGAGAAAUAUUACUACGCCCUCUUCGACAUGGUCGUCCGCGGCAACUGCUUCUGCUACGGACAUGCCUCCAAAUGCGCCCCUGUCGAUGGGAUACAUGUAGGCACAGAGGGCAUGGUCCAUGGUCACUGUAUGUGUAACCAUAACACAGAGGGUCUGAACUGUGAGCACUGUAAGGACUUCUACAACGACCUGCCCUGGAGGCCUGCAGAGGGACGCAACACCAAUGCCUGCAAGAUGUGCGAGUGUAACUACCACUCCAGGUCAUGUCACUUUGACAUGGCUGUGUAUCUGUCUACGGGGAACGUGAGUGGAGGAGUGUGUGAUGAGUGUCAACACAACACCAUGGGGCGUCAGUGUGAGCAGUGCAGACCCUUCUACUACCAGCACCCCGAAAGAGACCUGAGAGACCCCAACAUCUGUGAACCGUGUAGCUGUGACCCGACGGGCUCCCUGCAGGGUGGUGUGUGUGAUGGCAGGACAGACGUGUCUGCUGGUCUGAUAGCAGGACAGUGUCGCUGUAAGACCAGUGUGGAGGGAGAGCGCUGCGACCACUGUAGACAGGGACACUACGGCCUGGGACAGGGACCAAACGGCUGCCUGCAGUGUACCUGUAAUCCCCUGGGCACACUGUCUGGAGGAAGCCCAUGUGACAUGGAGACAGGAAACUGCUUCUGCAAACGCCUUGUCACCGCCAGGAACUGUGACCGGUGUCUGCCGCAACACUGGGGCCUGAGUAAUGACAUGGACGGCUGCAGACCAUGUGACUGCGACCAGGGCGGAGCCGUCAACAAUGAUUGUUCUCCGAUAUCAGGCCAGUGUCAGUGUCGAGAACACAUGUAUGGGAGGCGUUGUGACCAGGUGGAGUCAGGAUUCUACUUCAUCGCCCUGGACCACUACACCUAUGAGGCUGAGGACGCCAAGCACGGCCCAGGUGUGACGGUGGUUCCCAGGCCCUAUCCCCUAAACCAUAGUCCUACCUGGACAGGGGCAGGGUUUGUCAAAGUACCUGAGGGAGCCCACCUGGAGUUCCACAUCAACAACCUACCUGACUCCAUGGACUACGACAUGCUGAUCCGCUAUGAACCACAGUUGCCGGAGCAGUGGGAGCAGGUGGAGAUCAGAGUGAUACGUCCUUACUCAAUGAGAGUGGGACAGCCAGUCAGCCCAUGUGACAACACGCUACAAGGAGGAGAUCAGCAGUUGGUGUCUCUUCCUCCAGGAUCCAGACACGUGCUGCUCCCGAGGCCUGUGUGUCUGGAGAAGGAGCGGAACUACACUGUACGUCUCAGUCUGCCUCUCUACUCCUCGCUCAGUGACGUCCAAAGCCCCUACACGCUCAUCGACUCCCUGGUGUUGAUUCCACGGGUGCGUGAGCUGCUGUUGUUUGAGGGUUCUCAGGGCGAGGGGGCGUGGGAUACGUUCCAGAGGUACCGCUGUCUGGAGAGCAGCCAGAGCGUCAUCAAGAGCCCCAUGACGGACAUCUGCAGCAACUACAUCUUCAGUGUGUCUGCCCUGCUACACCAGGGGGCUAUGGCGUGCCAGUGUGACUCCCAGGGCUCUCUCAGUGCAGUGUGCGACCCCAGCGGCGGGCAGUGCCAGUGUCGGCCCAACGUGGCAGGCAGGAACUGUGACCGCUGUGCCCCCGCCACCUUCCUGUUCAGCCCCUUUGGAUGCAGACGCUGUGAGUGUAGUCCUACGGGCUCUGUGAACGCUUUCUGCCAUGAGGUCACAGGUCAGUGUGAGUGUGUUCCAGGGGCGACAGGGCGUCAGUGUGCCCAGUGCCUGCCAGGCUACUGGGGCUUCCCUCAAUGCCAGCCCUGUCAGUGCAAUGGCAACAGCGACUACUGCCACCCUCAGACUGGGGAGUGCCAGGGCUGCCGCGCCUUCACCACCGGGCACAUGUGUGAAAGGUGUCUGGAUGGUUACCAUGGCGACCCAGUGUUGGGUUUGGGGGGUCACUGCCGCCCCUGCAUGUGUCCCGAUGGGCCGGGGAGCGGACGCCAGUACGCAGACAGCUGCUACCAGACUGCCAACAAUGACCAGCUGGUCUGUGUUUGCAGCCCUGGAUACAGAGGAGCCAGGUGUGACGAGUGUGCCCCAGGUCACUAUGGUAACCCCCAGGUGCCCAGCGGGCGCUGUCUGCCCUGCCAGUGUAACGACAACAUCGACCAGCUGGACCCGGGGUCCUGCGACGCUCGCACAGGCGUUUGCCUCACAUGCCUGCACCAUACCGAGGGCUAUGGCUGCCAGCGUUGCAAGCUGGGUUACUACGGCAACGCCGCCACCCAGAGCUGCAGGAAGUGUAUGUGUUAUUCAGUGGGCACAACGUCGGAGGCGUGUCCGUCCCCGGGGGAGUGUCACUGUGACCUGCAGACUGGCCAGUGUCCCUGCCGGCCUAACGUGAUUGGCCAGAACUGCGACCGCUGUGCCCCUGAUACGUUCCACAUUGGAAGCGGAAAGGGCUGCCAGACCUGUGACUGUGACCCAACCCACUCCUUUGGGACGUCGUGCAACGAGCUGUCAGGGCAGUGCUCAUGCAAGUCAGGUUUCGGGGGAAGAAAAUGCAACGAGUGCCGAGAUAAGUUCUGGGGAGACCCUGAGGUCAAAUGUCAAGCGUGUGACUGUGACCUGCGUGGCAUCGCCAGCGAGCAGUGCCACCGUUCGUCCGGCCAGUGUGUGUGCGUGGAGGGUGUGUCUGGGCCCAGGUGUAACCAUUGUGCCAGAGGGUACCAUGGGACGUUCCCCGCCUGCGAACGAUGCCACCAGUGCUUUGCCGCGUGGGACGGCGUGGUAGGGGAACUGUCCAAUCAGACUCAGCGUUUGAAGGAUCAUGUGACAGAGCUCCAGACCAGUGGGGUGACGGCGCCGUACAAAGACACCGUUAGCAGUCUGGAGAUCAGUGCUAAUGCUAUCAGUGCGAUAGUAGAGAACAACCCUGCUAUACAGAAGGUGGAAGAUGUACAACAGAUGAUGCAGCAGGCCACUGAGCUGGUGGCAGACCUGAACGAGAGGCUGAACGUCUCAGAGGGUUCCCUGUCCCGUCUCGUUGCCAAUGCCAACGACACCGAGGCCAGUCUGGACGCACUGAGAAAGCAGGCCCAAGAGCUAGAGAGAACAGUCACAGACAUUCGAGACCACAUAAAGACUGUGAAGAACUCUAACAUAGAGGGAGCGAUGGACACCAUCACCAAGGCCCACUUGGAGUCUAAGAAGGCGGAGAUCCGUGCCAAUCAGACCACCAGUUACCCCGACAACACUUUGGAACAGUCGGCUACACUACGGCGUGAAGCGGAGGCCAGACUGAGCCAGAACCAGGCGGAGUUUGACCUGAGACAACAGAAACACACAGAGAGACUGGAGAGGCUCGCCACAGAGCUCAACACUCUUGACCUAUCAGAGCUCAGCAAGCAGACAUGUGGAGCGGCUGGGGGGGAGGAGGGGUGUGCUGCGUCCCCCUGUGGAGGGGUGGGGUGUGUGUCAGAGGACGGCACCCUUCGCUGUGGUGGGGAGGGGUGUGACGGUUUGGUCACACAGACACAAAGCACUCUGAAAACAGCCAAGGACUUUGACCAGGAAAUCCUCUCCACCGUGCAGGAAGUGGACAAGCUCUCUAGGAUGGUGUGGGAGGUGAAGGUGCGUGCGGACGAGACCAAGCUGAAUGCUCAAGAGGUGCUGCUGAAGUCCAACCAGAGCCGAGACAGAGUGGUACAGAGCAACGAGCAGCUCCGCAGCCUCAUCAAGGAGAUACGAGGCCUACUCACUAACGACCGUGCCAACGUGGAGGUUAUUGAAGCGGUGUCAAAUGAGGUGUUGGCCCUGGAGAUGCCCACAUCGCCCGAGCAGCUGGAGGCCCUGACCAAGGAGAUCAGAGACAGGGUGGGAACCCUCACCAGCGUGGAGGACAUCCUCAGUCAGAGUGCCAACGACAUACACACUGCAGAGAGGCUGCUGGAGCAGGCCCGCACCGCCAGUCAGGAGGUGUCUGAGAUGAAGGAGACAGCUGCCCUGGCGAAGGAAGCUCUGGAAAUGACUGAGCGUGCUCAGAAUGCUGCCGUCGAUGCCGUCAAACAGGCCCACAACAACACCAGGGGAACACUUGACCUCACCACAUCUGUGGAGUCGGCGACGGCGGAGUCGGAGCUGCGUCUGAGUAACGCCACACUGCGUCUGCUGCAGCUGGAGAGAGACGUGACUCUGCUGAGAGAGAGCAGCCUGGGCGAAAGCCACCGCACACAGCACACUGAGAGACUGUCUGAGGCCGCCAGCCAGGACGCAGAGCAGGCCCUGCAGGAGUUUGACUUGGAGGUGAAGGGUAAAUACAGUGUUGUGGAGGGCUUGGUGGUGACGAAGGCAGAGGGCGUGUCUGAUGCCAGGAAGAGGGCGGAGCUACUGCAGCAGGAGGCCAAAGAGCUGCUCACCCAGACCAGUGUAAAACUACAGAGACUCAGAGAGUUGGAGAGGUCGUAUGCAGCCAACCAGCGUACUCUGGAGGCCAAGACAGUUCAGCUGGCCGGGCUGGAGGAAACGGCACGCCAGCUGCUCAAUGACGUCAGCCAGAAAGUAAUGGUCUACAGCACCUGUUCUUAGGGUAACCAUGCCAACAGCAUCCCUGGCAAUGCCUACCCGGAUGUCAUACCAGAGAUUAUGACGAUGUCUUCUUUAGUGCCAAAGAGAUAAUAUGACAAUCACUCAGGAGACUCCAAAGACCAAAAGCAGUAUUUUACCACUAAGAACCAAGUAUUCCAUAAAAAAACAUGUUUCUGUAUGAAACAGGUCUCUAAGCCAUAUAAGCUAUUAUCACAAGUAAUACAUGUUUUAACCAUAAGACUGCACAUAGAUUUCAUGAUUUUAGAUUCUAUGGAAAUAUGUUUUAUAAUCGUGUCUGUAAAGAUAUAAAAAUGUGUCUGGACCAAAGCAUACGAGAGCCUAUUCAGUUGUAUGAUACAAUUUGUACCCAUCAACCUAUUGCUGUAAUUUAACUUUUUAAUAUAAAGUAAUAACUGCAUCUUAAUUUUUUUGCAAAAAAUGCCUAGUCAACAUUGCCUAGUUCACCUCUACCUAAAAUUAGAUACUGUUGAAAUGUACAGUAUUUGGUGUUUGCUUUCCCCUAGUGGCAAUCUGAAAAAACUGUACCCUCUUUUUGCUGCAUUUUCAUCAUCUCUAGGGAGUAGCAGCACAGACACAAUUUCAGCUUAGCUUAGCCGUUAUGGAGUCCAAUUCAAUUACAGGCAAAUGUACUUCUAUCACUUUUAACUGUAAUAACAUACUGUUCACUCUGCCAACUGAACCAACCUUACUCAUUCACUGUCAUUGUAGGCUUAACUAGACAAUCCAUUUCCUACAAUUGAAAAUAUACUCUAAAACAGCCUACCUUCUAAUCAAUUUGGGCAGUUAGAGUUCUGCUUGUCUUUCUCCUGCCUUCUCUCUCUCUCUCUCUCUCUCUCUCUCUCUCUCUCUCUCUAUAUAUAAAUCAUCUUGCAUCAAUAUAUAUAUAUAUUGAUGCAAGAUGAUUUGUAGAUCAGUGAUUCUGAACAGUUCUUCCCUCAGGCUGAUCUUGUUGAGCAUAAUGAACAUCUCUCUCAUCCUCCCAUGGAUCCCUCCUUCCUCUCCGGAGGGUUUCCUCCUCUGUGACCAUCACACUGUAUCUCCACCCAGUGACUCAGACUUGCUCUGAGCAAAUGAGAUACAAAUGGCACCAGCAGUGUUCCGCCUGGACCUCUUCAUCAAAUGAGAUUUGGCAGGAAGCAAUCAAUAUGGCAGCCUUCCCUCCCUCUGAAAUGAGCUCUUUCCAUUUAGUGCUGCAAAUCAGUCAGGCAUCACUGUUUUCCCUCACAUAUUAACCCCACUCCAGCAUAUCUGUGAGAUAAAUUGCUUUAGAAAGUGGUCCAGCCAGUCCCUUCCCCUGUGUACAGUAUUUAUGGUACAGUGGUUUGACUGUGUGAUGUGAAUGCUUGUACAAUUAUAUAAUUUCAAUACAUCACAAACGUCAUACUGCAGUGCAAUGCCUCGUUCUAGACACAUAUUUUUUCAUCAGCUUGCAUGGAUGACACUCCGAAAACCUUAGACCAUGCCUAACCUCAUCAUCCAUUUGCAGAACAGCUAAAUGGAGCUAUCCUGUAGUAAAACACAGCUGUGCCUUGCAGGCUGGUCAGCCCAUCCAUCGUACGACAGUAAACAGCCAUUGACCUUAACCGGCCCUUACAUCACCUUCCUGUUUGGACCAUUUGAUUAGCAGCCAUUGGGCCCUGAGACGGCUACAGCUGCCGGGCGGAUACGAGAAUGAUGUGGUUCCCAUGGAGCUGGCCACGGGACACUUCUCAAUAUCAGCAUGUGUCUGCAUGUGUGGUAGAGUGUGGUUUUCCUGAAUUGAUAUGAGAUAUGAAUUAAAUAUGACUCCUUCCUCCUCUCUCUCCUUGGCCCAUUCCCACUGGGGUCUGAGAUGUGUUUACCUUACUUUGUGCCGAGUCAUUGUACUGCUGAUGACGCUGCUCUGAUCUCUCUGAUACACUUACAGCAGGAAGAUGGUGAGGAACCAUUUUAGAGCAGCCGCCAGACCAUAGAAGGGCUGCAGAGAGGAGAGAGAGAGAGGGAUCGAGAGAGAGAGAGAGAGAGAGAGAGAGAGGGAGAGAGAGAGAGGUAGGGAGAGCAAGUUGGAGGGAGAAAGGGAGAGAGAGAGAGAAUCAAUCAAUCAAGUAAACAUUUGAUUUAAUUAGCACUUUUGAAAAAAACAUUUGUCACAAAGUUCUUCACAGCAACCCAGUCUGCUCCAUGACAAGGCAGGUUGUUGCAGAGGAAAGUUGGAGAGGGCUUGGAAGUGAGUCAGCUUUCUUUAUGAUUAAUGGCUAUGGAAUGGAUGACGCUUUCCUAUGAGGAUCCGCUGUAAUUUCUCAUGACAUAGGUAGGUGUCUGCUGAAUUAAACGUGGAAUGGCAUUGUUGAUUCAAAUCAUUGGACACUGUGCAGCACACCGUAUUUUCUGCGUGAGAGCUAGCCAUCAUACACAAUUUGACUCAAUACUGGAAUGUACAAGGUGCUAAAACGUUCAUCAACUACUGGAUAUAGAGAGAGUCCUAAAUAUCAUAUCCAAAUAAAAGAGCAGACGUGGUUUCCGUCUGCAGUGAAUCAUUUAAACUAAUAUGCUCAUUAAAGAGUCUCCUCUGGCA